AUGAAGAAGGGGCUCCAAGCUUACGCAGCGGUGCUGAGGCUGGUGCGGCGGCUCCCGGCGGAGGCGCGGCCGUACUACGCCAAGUACGCGCGGGAGAACUUCGUCAACUACCGAGAGGUCGACGCCGGCGACGGCGAGCAGCUGGACGAGCUCCUCCUCAGAGCCUACAACCACUCCCUCUGGGUCCUCAGCAAGGUCCGUUUCUCCUCCGCUGCCUCCUCUCUCUCUCUCUCUCUCUCUCUCUCUCCUGCCCCUCGCCGCCACCGCAGUCCGGACCAUUCUGAAGUAAUUUUUUGCUCCUCGUUGCUCCCGGCAGUAUUCCGUGGACCGAUCCGUCGCCGACGAUCUGAAGAGGGUCUGCGCCAAAUGA